AUGGCGGGGCACGAGCAAGGGUCAGGUUCUCGCUACGUUCAUCAGCUUCUCAGCCCGGAGCUCCAUUUGCGGAGACCAUCAUCACUUGUCCAACACCAGAAUAAUACAGGGACUGAGCCUUCAGAUUCCAAAGACUCGCCUGAAAAGAACCAAAAAACUGAUACAGACACGGCUGCCACCACCAGUUCUGGUGGCACGCCAAACCCCAACCGACGCUCCCGGGGCCGACCUCCUGGUUCCAAAAACAAGCCAAAGCCUCCAAUAAUUGUCACCAGGGACAGCCCAAAUGCCCUCCGAGCUCAUGUUCUUGAAGUCUCAGCUGGCAGUGAUAUAGUGGAGAAUGUAUCCGUAUAUGCGAGGCGGAGGGGAAGAGGGGUUUGUGUUCUCAGUGGCAGCGGCACGGUUUCAAAUGUCACGCUGCGUCAGCCGGCGGCACCUACCGGGAAUGUGGUGACACUUCAUGGCCGAUUCGAGUUACUUUCCCUUUCCGGAACGGUGCUUCCGCCUCCUGCACCGCCGGGUGCUGGUGGUCUGUCGAUAUUCUUGUCGGGAGGGCAGGGACAGGUAGUUGGUGGGAGUGUAGUUGGGCCUUUGAUUGCUUCAGGUCCAGUGGUUCUGAUGGCUGCUUCAUUUGCAAAUGCAGUUUUUGAACGGUUGCCUUUUGAGGAAGAGGGCACUGCUCAAACUCCGCCUGCUGCAUCGCAAUCAUCAAGUGUCACAGCCGGUGGUGGUGGUGGUGGAGGUAAUGGCAACGGUGGUAGUGGUUCUUUCUUGAAUUCAGGCGGAAAUGAGCCCCCAAAUUAUCCCUUUUCAGCUGAUUUGUUCGGUGGGUGGGGCGGAAGUUCUGCAAGGCCACCAUUUUAA